AUGUGCUGCCGCUCCAUGAAGUGCUGUCACGUGGCCUGCACUGUCCACGUAGGGGAACGGCUCUGUCACGUUGAGGAUACAUCACAGACUUGGUAUUCUUGUGGAAACCCAAAUGCUACAUAUGAGGAAGCAGAAAUUAUAUUUCUGCAGACUUUCUCAGUGAUUCUAGAUGUUGAAAUCCUAGCUCUCAAUGUGAUAUUCUCACCCAUUAACCACUUUUGUCCUGCCUCUUCCACAGGAUUGAGGGUACAGAGUGAGCCCGUGGCUACAUCAACCCUCUUGCCUAUUUCACUUCCGGCAAAAAUUACCCCACUGACCCCCACCUGGACUAGCUCACCACAGAACACCGCUGCGGUCACCACCUCCCCAGACAGCGGCAGCCACAGCAGCUCCGUACCCCCAGUGCCAGCGUCUGCCCCAACAUCUCCGCUUCCCAAGAACAGUUCCAUAGAACCUAAGGUGGGAGCCACCAGCCCGGCUUUGAACCAGGAAGUCACAGACGUCUCGUUUACUGGAUUAUCAUCCACAACUGGGGGGGUCCACUUCACACCCACGUCCCCGGAAGAACACGACCAGAGCACUGCAGAAGCAAGUGUGCCCACUACAGGGUCACAGUCUCCCACGGAGCCCUCCACAGUCACCUCCACUCCAGCUCCAGCCUCAUCCCCGUCAUCUCUGUCAGUUUCACCACCUGAGAUUUCUUCUGUCCCCGUCACCUCCAACCACAGCUCCACUGCGACGAACAUACAGCCCACAGGAGCUCCGACUGCACCAGCAUCUCCGACUGAGGAGCAUAGCUCUGGCCACACACCCACUUCGCAUGCCACGGUCCAGCCAGAGUCCAAGGAGAAAACGCCCCAAGCCACUGUUUUAGAACCAGAGACGUGUGAGCUGAUGGACACCACCACCGCCUCCCCCGUGGUGAUCAUGCAGGAAGUGGAGCAUGCGUUAAGCUCAGGCAGCAUCGCCGCCAUUACGGUGACUGUCAUUGCCGUGGUGUUGCUGGUGUUUGGUGUUGCGGCGUAUCUGAAGAUCAGGCAUUCAUCCUACGGAAGGCUUCUGGAUGACCAUGACUACGGGUCGUGGGGAAACUACAACAACCCUCUGUACGACGACUCCUAACAGAGCAAUGUGGCCUGGGAUGAGGAACGACUGUCCUUUAUUUAAAGUGCUUACCCAGUAGAAUUAAUAACAAGUUCCUGAUGCGCACCGAACGACAAUCUUAAGCCCUGUUUUGUUGGUAUGGUUGUUUCGUUUCCCUCUCUCUCCUCUGGCUGCUACGACUUCCCCUUUCUGGCACAAAAAGAACCAUUACUGAAAGGUGAGUGGCAUCUGAUCGCAACUGAAAUGGGCCAGCCUUUCACCAGCCAGGCUAGAACCCCACAGUGGAGGCUUCUGCGUCCACUGCAGGAUCCAUUUUCAGAGGACCAAGGAAGAAAGAUUCGGUUGUUUUUCUUGGGGGUUCCUUUUUUUGGGGGGGAAAACUUUUGAUUCAUGGCAUUUCUUAAACCUCUAUUUAGGAAACUACAUUAAAUAUCAAUGAGGGAAAAGGAAUCGAGUCCAAGGAAGAUUUCGCCCUGCAUGUAAAGAGGGAGGGGGUUCUCCGAUUUCCUCGUUUAUCACGAUUGAGCUGGUUGUCCCUGACCAGAUGCCUGCUUGGCUCUCCAAGCGGGAUAGCAGUUUCUUCGCUGCCUAAUUAAAGGAAGAUGAAAACAGGGAGUGCCCUGGGGGGAGGCCAGCAGGCCCAGGGGCAAAGUACCAGGUUGCUGUGGAGCCCAGCAUGCCCUCUACCUGUGCUCCCCAUCAGGCCACCUGUCCCCAUGAAGGAUGCUUUCAGAAGAGGGCAGAUCCAAAGGAGAAAGCUAUGGGGUGAGCUUAGUUAUAGAAGAGAAAAGGAGAUGUACAGAGAGCGUAUGGUGCGGGAAGAGGAUUAGAGGAGGAGGGAAAGAAGAGCCAACAGGCAUGGAGGACCUCACUAGGGCAGGUGGGAAUCAGCUCCGAAUACCUGUCAGACACUGCUUGGAACAGCCCCUAGGAUGCUUGCUUUACACUCAUAACGCAGCUGGUUCACUGCCUUGCUGUCUGUUGAAUGAUGGCUGUAAACUGUUAAAAAUAAAUAAAACUUUAGAAGAGACCCUAGUCUAUCUGCAACUGCUUAGUGAGGCAUUUCUGUAGGAAACAGACACCAGGACUUGCCCACUUAUUCUCCCCAUACAAUUACCGUACUCAUUCUGCCCUUUAAUACAUGAACGCCCCUGGGUUUGGAGUCUUAAAACCCUGCACAACAAAUUUUGAAAAAGAAUCAUUCAUCCUUGUAAGCAUCCAUUUACUGUGAUCAUUCUCAACUGGGAGGUGAUGUUUGUACCACCCCCCACCCACACACACACCCCAGGGACAUGUCUAGUGACAUGUCUAGUGACAUUUUUGAUUAUCCCAACUUGGUGGUGCUACUAGUGGUUAGAAGCCAAGGAUAUUGCCAAAUAUCCUGUGAGGCACAGGGCAACCAAUCACAAACCAUUAUCUGGCCCAAAUCGUCAACAGUGCUGACACUGGGAAACCCUGGCUGGUUGCAGUACCACUGGGAUGGAAUAAGACUCGCAAAUUAGUAAUAGUUUUUUUUUAUUAUUUUUAGCCAAAUGAUAUAAUGUGUUAGUUUUUAUUAUAAUUGCCAGAGGG